AUGAUUGCUCUUCGCGACCGCUGCUGUAUUCUCCGACUGCCGAACGAGUUACUCGAGAGCAUUUUGCGGUAUGCGUAUCCCCAUGUCGACGGCGGAAUGCACAGUCCUAUUGUGCAGGAAAGACGCAAAGAGCGAUACAGGACGUUGGCCUCAUGGUGCCUGAUAUGUCGGCGUCUAUAUCCACUCGUCUUGUCGCAUCUCUACGGGGACCUUAUAGUAAGCUGCAAUCCGCCAGAAGUGCAGCACGAGAGUGUCUCGAAGCUCCUGCAUCGCAGCUGUCGCCAGAACCCAGCGCUGCGGGGCUUGUGCAAGCGACUGACUGUGUACUAUCAUGACUACGCCGCCAGUUACCAGGAGGAAUUGGGGAACCCUCUUUACUAUAUCGCGAACGAUUUCACAACCUGGUUUACGGGGGUAAGAUCCCUUACUCUCUUCGAGCUGAGAGACAAUGAAAGGGUAUGGCAGCUGCUGAGACAAGGGCUCUGCAAAUUUCGGAGCCUGACGGAGCUGUCGCUCAGGCAGACAUACAGGUAUGAUAUAGAUCUUUGGCGGGUAGUAGACAUGAUCAAUGAGCUGGCCUAUCCGCAACUACGAACUCUUGCGCUCUAUGGGGUGACUAUCAGGGAUUCUUCAGCGCGAGAAAAGACACAGAGAAAACCUCGUACGUCUCGGAUUCGAUCACUGAAGCUUCAAUGCUUCAUGGGUACUCCUGAUGAUCUUACAGAGCUCUUCCAAUGGCCUGAGGUAUUGGAGGAGUUCCAUUUACAGUACAUGUUUGGCGACAACUACAGUGAUGGAGGAGCAUACGACUCCUGGAGUCUCGCCACACUGCGAUCGAUUCUCAUCAUUCACAAGUCCACUUUGCGGUCUAUCAAGAUCCGCGCCCUAAACAUUAGGGGACUAGCCGGAUUUGAUGUGCGCGAGUUCGAGCGCCUCGAGGAACUCAGCUUGUCAUCUUCCAUAAUUUGUCGACUAUAUAAAGCCUGGCAGCACGAUGAUCAUACCUUGAGUGCCUUAGUUGGCCCACGACUGCGUUCGUUCGAGUUAGUCCUGACACUUGAGGACCAGCAGCAUUGCGAGUCUCUUGGUGACUUUGGUGAGACGGAAGAGAACUGGUUACGUGCCUUGGCCCAUUUUGCUAUCAGGAAACAGUACCCUUUGCGCGAGAUUCGAAUCCAAUUUGCGCCGUAUAAAUAUGAAACCUUGGACUUUGAUUGUCGGUACCCCUGGGACCGAAUGGAUGACCUGGAUCGUGAGCUCCAGCUUCAUGGUAUACGGGUACACUAUUCGCCGCCGACGGUCAGUCGAGCGGAGUUUGAGGAACUUUUGAAGGAUUAUUUCGCCAAAUAG